CACGUUGGCUGUCCGCGCCAAGGUCAUGGACCCUCAUAGCAGCCUGAAAGAGGUGUAUCAUGAGAAGCUGAAACAGCACCGGGAGGCCGACCAACAAAGGACGAGAGAGUAUAAGAAGGAGCUACAGGAUAUGAAGGCCAGAGUAACUGUCCGUCCUUACCUGUUUGAACAGGUGUCCCAGAAAAACGCCAAGGUUGACGCGGAGCGUAUAUACAGAGACAAGCUGAGGGAAGCUGGUUUGAAUGAGCAGUUUGUCAAAACAAAGGGAGAAGAGUUUGGAACGGCACCAGUCUUCAUAUUGGAUGACAAUGACGAUGUUGAUGACCAAAGUGUUGAGAGUGACAUGGAGAAAAGGGAUGGAAACGUAGACGUCGGGGAGAAAAUUGAAGAGGUAGAGGAAGAGAGCAUGAAAACCAGAGUGGAAUAAAUGCAUUGAUCAAAAAGGUAGACCCGGCAUGUAAUGGAACUUCAUAUAGCUAUUCUGCUUCAAAGAGCACUAUGUUCUAAAAUAAUUGUAGUGUAGUUUAACUAUGUUGACCCAGUCUUGGACUGUCUGACAUGUUUUCUUAUGAUUUAUGCUAUUUCUAAAAUGGGGACAUCUGGCCUCUGGAGCUGUUAAAUUUAUAUUAAAUGGAGCAAAUGUGAGAAAAUGAAUAAAGGUUUAUGGAACUGUAUAUGUUUAUAAGUAAUUUAGAAUGUUAUAUGUUGACAUUUUACAAUGGUAGGGGAUUAUGGCAUAUUAAAUGUUUGGCGGCAUAAUAUUUAAACCUUAUUAAAACUGAAUAUCAAAGGCU